AUGUACUCCACAAAUAACUCUGGGUGGAGACAAGAGUUAACUCCCUAUAAUCAGUAUGAAGAGGAAAGAGCCCCCAAUCUUGACAGUGUGUUUGCAGAAUUCAUGGCAUAUCAUGCUACCUCAAAAGCUAAUCAUAAUGCAAUACAAAAUCAGGAGAUUCAAUAUGCCAAAGUUUUUUUAGAAGAUUAUCAAGGGGAACCAGAGUCACAAUUCCACUAUCAAAAUGAAGCAGAAAGGAGUUUCAAUCUGGACAUAUUAUUAAUGCAAUUCAAGGAUACAAUUGGAUCUAUUCAACGGACAUUUAAAAGUGCAGAAAUUCAUGUCGGUAAGUUGGUAGAAGAAGUGACUCAAGCUAUGAGCAGAAGAGAAGAAGAGAUUGUAGAGGUUGACACUCAAGAGGAGAGCCCUGUGAAUGAGCAUGAUUUAGAAGAAGAAGAUGAGGAGAAAGCUCAACAACGGGAACAAUGCUUACAAACACACACUCAACAAGAAGAUAAUUUCCAAGUUAACACAUGUUCUCAUCAACUGACUAUCAAAAAAGAAAGGCAUGAAGACCAUGAGGGUUUAAUCAUUCUGGGACAACCCUGUCUGCCAUUUGCUAGUUGUGUUUUAGACUUGGGUAAAGCCAGUGAGACAACCUCAAAGAAGGCUGAAUCCAAUAAUGAAAGAAGAAGUAAGAAAGGAAGUGCUCAAGUUGCUAGAGGCAGAGCUCAUUUACCCAAUCUGGAUAGUUCAUGGGUUAGUCCUGUUCAAGUUGUUCUGAAAAAGGGAGGUAUGACAAUGAUAAAGAAUGAUAGAGAUGAGCUAAUUCCUACAAGAACAGUUACUGGGUGGAGGAUGUGCAUUGAUUACAGGAAGCUAAAUGAAGCCACCAGGAAAGACCAUUACCCGCUCCCCUUCAUGGAUCAAAUACUUGAGAGACUUGCAGGGCAAUCUUUCUACUAUUUCUUAGAUGGAUACUCGGGCUACAAUCAAAUUGCAGUGGAUCCUCAAGACCAAGAAAAGACAGCUUUCACAUGUCCUUUUGGUGUAUUUGUUUAUCGCCGCAUGCCGUUCAGUUUAUGUAAUGCCCCAGCUACUUUUCAGAGAUGUAUGAUGGCAAUUUUUGCUGACAUGGUAGAGAAAUGUAUUGAAGUCUUUAUGGAUGAUUUCUCUGUCUUUGGUGCAUCUUUUGAAAAUUUCCUAGAAAAUUUAGAGAAAGUGUUACAACGCUAUGAAGAAUCUAAUUUGGUGCUCAACUGGGAAAAUUGUCACUUUAUGGUUCAAGAAGGUAUCGUGCUGGGACACAAGAUUUAUAGAAGAGGAAUUGAGGUGGAUAAAGCAAAGAUUGAUGUUAUUGAUAAACUUCCACCUCCAGUUAAUGUUAAAGGCAUACAGAGUUUUUUGGGUCAUGCUGGAUUCUAUCGACGAUUCAUUAAAGACUUUUCCAAAAUUGCUAAACCACUGAGUAAUCUGCUGAACAAGGAUGUUGUGUUUGUGUUUAAUGAUGAAUGUUUAGAAGCCUUUAAUACCCUUAAAGCCAAGUUGGUCUCUACUCCUGUGAUCACAGCACCAAACUGGAGACAAGAGUUUGAAUUAAUGUGUGAUGCAAGUGAUUACGUAGUAGGUGCUAUGCUGGGACAUCAAAAGGGCAGAAUUUUUCAUACCAUCUACUAUGCCAGCAAAGUUUUGAAUGAUGCUCAGAUCAAUUAUGCCACCACUGAGAAACAAUUGCCAGAAAUUGUUUAUGCACUUGAGAAAUUCAGAUCUUAUUUGGUGGGGUCAAAGAUAGUAAUUUACAUUGAUCAUGCAACAAUUAAAUAUUUGUUGCGCAAAGCUGAUUCCAAACCACGACUUAUCAGAUGGAUAUUGUUACUUCAAGAAUUUGAUUUAGUCAUCAAGGACAAGAAGGGAUCUGAAAAUGUGGUAGCAGACCACCUAUCCAGAUUAGUCAAUGAGGAGGUCACUUUAAAGGAGGCUAAAAUAAAAGAUGACGCACGAUUUUAUAUAUGGGAUGAUCCACACUUGUUCAAGGUAGGUGCAGAUAAUAUCCUCAGAAGAUGUGUGACAAGUGAGGAAGCCAAGGGUAUAUUGUGGCACUGUCAUAAUUCACCAUGUGGAUGGCAUUAUGGUGGAGACAAAACAAUGGCUAAGGUCUUACAGUCAAGAUUUUUCUGGCCAACACUCUUCAAGGAUGCCUAUCACCAUGUCUUGAAGUGUAAUGAGUACAUUUUGGUCGUUGUUGAUUACGUGUCUAAAUGGGUGGAAGUUGUGGCCACUCCAAGAAAUGAUGCUAAGAUGGCUUCAAGAAAAAAGAAGAGCACUGCUUCUAGGCCACAGGCUCAGUAA